UUCGACAGCUGCGUUGAAAUGAUUUUAAAUUUUAACGGAACUCUCCGAACUCUGUUUCGUUAAAUUCUAGUGUACUAUCAGAAGUGCGUAUUUUACAUGAAUAUUUAUAUGCGUAAAGCGUUCUAAUACUAAGUGCAUUAUAUAGUAUUAGUGUUGUUACUAGUUAACUUCUUAAAUAAGUAUUUGAGGCCGAUUGCUUCCGCCCGUGCUGUUGCGUGAAGAAAGCAAUGGCACAGUUCAAUUAUCUUAAUGAAUUGAAUAGUUUAGCUACUACUAUGGACGGGCCUAUAACUCGAGGGCCUCCUCAGCGAUGGGCCAAGAAAAACAACAACGAGAACAUAAAUCCAUCUUUGAGUGCUUCUUUUAAAAACUCUUCCAACAUAAAUAUAAGUUCGUGUAGCCAAUCUAUGCAGAAGUUGUCGAUAUCGGCCAAUCAAAGCGUUAACAGCGUGCACUCCAGCAAGACCCCGACAAGAUCUGAAAAUAAAAAAGGGAAGAAGACUCCUUCGAAGAACAAGUCACCAGGGCGCUCCACCACUCCAACUCCAAAUAAGGCUUCUAAAACACCAAACAAGGCCGACAGAUUCAUCCCCUCGAGAAGUAAUUCUAAUUAUGACUUGUGUCAUUACAUGAUGAGCCGUGAAGAUGACAAAGGCGAAGAGGUGGUAGCCCAAAAAGUGGCCGGCGAGGCCAUAGGACGGGCCCUCACCGACAUGGAGCCUGGACGCCUGCUACAGUACACUUGCAAGGCGCCAGCGGCGCCCGAGGGCUACCAGAACAGACUGCGGGUGGUCUACUCACAGGCCAAGGUGCCGUCAUCGGUGAAGAACACUACCCGGUACAUUCCCCAAGCCCCGGACAGGAUCCUCGAUGCUCCUGAAAUUCUCGAUGACUAUUAUCUUAACCUAGUGGACUGGAGCGCGUCCAACAUCCUGGCCGUGGCGCUCGGCAACGCCGUGUACCUGUGGAACGCCGGCACCGGACAGAUCGAGCAGCUCAUGGCGCUGGAGGCUUCCGAGACGGUCUGCUCCGUGCAAUGGGUGCAAGGCGGCGGCUCGCACCUGGCCGUGGGCACGUCGGCCGCCACCGUGGAGCUGUGGGACUGCGAGAAGAUCAAGCGGCUUAGGAUAAUGGACGGCCACACAGGCCGGGUCGGUUCUCUCGCCUGGAACACAUACGUGGUGUCGAGCGGGGCCCGCGACGGAACCAUCAUACACCACGACGUGCGGCAGCGCGACCAUGCUGUCGCCACAUUGUCGGCGCACACACAAGAGAUUUGCGGCCUAAAGUGGUCCCCGGACGGGCGCUACCUGGCGUCGGGCGGCAACGACAACCUGCUCAACAUCUGGCCCCUCGCCCAGGGGCAGCGCUACUCACAGCCGCAGUACUUGUACUCGUUCAACCAACAUUUAGCGGCCGUGAAGGGUCUCGCCUGGUGUCCGUGGGCCGGCGGCAUCCUCGCCUCGGGCGGCGGCACGGCCGACCGCACCAUCCGCAUCUGGAACGUCAACACCGGGGCCAACCUCAACACCGUCGACACCAAGUCGCAGGUCGGUAUUAUGUACAUCCUCGCCUCGGGCGGCGGCACGGCCGACCGCACCAUCCGCAUCUGGAACGUCAACACCGGGGCCAACCUCAACACCGUCGACACCAAGUCGCAGGUCGGUAUUAUGUACAUCCUCGCCUCGGGCGGCGGCACGGCCGACCGCACCAUCCGCAUCUGGAACGUCAACACCGGGGCCAACCUCAACACCGUCGACACCAAGUCGCAGGUCGGUAUUAUGUACAUCCUCGCCUCGGGCGGCGGCACGGCCGACCGCACCAUCCGCAUCUGGAACGUCAACACCGGGGCCAACCUCAACACCGUCGACACCAAGUCGCAGGUGUGCUCCAUCCUGUGGAGCACGCACUACAAGGAGCUGGUGUCGGGGCACGGCUACGCGCAGAACCAGCUGGUGAUCUGGAAGUACCCGCUCAUGUCGCGCGCGGCCGAGCUGUGCGGCCACGUGGCGCGCGUGCUGCACCUGGCGCUGUCGCCCGACGGCUGCACCGUGCUGUCGGCCAGCGCCGACGAGACGCUCCGUCUUUGGAAGUGCUUCAUGCUAGACCCGACGAAGAAGAAGGAGCCCACAGAAUCGAAGGCAGCCAAGUCGUUGCUAAACAUGAACUCUUUAAUCAGAUAACUGGUAUUACCUUCUCGCAGCUCUGCACUAGAAUUAGUUUUGUUGUAGGUCUAUUUUUUGACUUAAAAAAUUACUGUGAUUAUUUAGCGUCUGGCUAAUGUAAGUUUUCAGUGAAAUGUAUUUUGUAUCAUCCCUAUAAAGAUCACGUUAUCAUAGAGUUGGAAGUGUAAUGGUGGUUGUCGUAAGGUCAUACUGUAUUACCGUUCCUUUGAAUUGGCGCAUCGAGAACGAUUUCUAAAAAGUUAGGUAAGUUCUCGGAAAGAUCAGGAAAAUUUUACAAGAAACAAAGGACCCUUCCAUUUUGGAAAUGAAGAUUUCGAUUAAUAAGUUUCCGAUUUUUUUUUCAUUUGGAGAUAUCGCAAUUCUGUUUAUUGGCGCAUAGUAACAACGUCAAGUUUAAGUAUCCGAUUCAGAGAGCCUACCGCGAACACAGAAGUUUGCAAAUAUCGGGCAUCUUUCUCUGUCACUCUAAUUACGCCUUUACUCCAAUUAAAAGAGAAAGAUGCCCGCAAUUUGCGAAUUUCGGUGUUCGCGUUACUAAGCCAGGCCUCAAGAUGUCGAACUGCAACGCGCAAUGUGUGCGAACUGUAGAGGGCAGCAUAUGCUUAUUGACGUGAAGCGAUGUCGAGUUUAAUGUCGAUUUAGGCCACAAGAUGGCAGACCCUCCUGCGUACGGUCCCUAUAGCAAAACGAAACUUCUUAGUUCCUUACAUUACAAGGGUCAAUUAACUACGGUAGAAAGUAUACCGCGCAACGGUAAUUAUUACGCGUCUGUCGCAGUCGGAUGGUAUAAUCCGCCGUAUUACAUUAUGGCUAGCCGUUAUCAAAAACAGGGCCGUUUUGAAAUGCGGCGGUUCAACGAUUAGCCGGAUUGAAUGCGGCUGAAUGAAAAUCCGCCGGAAACGACUUGACGCCAAACGUUCUUCAACACGGCUAGCCGUAAAGCAAUACAGCGAGUCACUGCCAGCGCGCGCUACGCUUGUAGACUAUAACACGUUUUUUCCCGCUUUGUAGCAAAAAGCGUCUACAAGCAGAGAACCCGUCUAGCGGGUCGCUGGAAGUGAAUGUGUUAAAUAUAUUUCACUGCAGACUUAACGUAGCCGGACUCUUCGAAUUUAUAGGCGAUCGAUGACAUGAAAUUAUCAGGAAUAAUAAUAAUAUUGAUUAAUAGCGCGCCGUACGUAGUUCUUAUGAAACUUAUGUUUACAAUCAACUAGAAUGCGUUAGAAUAUUUCUAAAAUGGUAUUAAUAAUUGUUUUAUUUGGCGUGGAGUUCAUAGUAGAUGAUAAAUGAAUGAUCAUAAUGCUCAACGACUGAUCAUGUUUGCCAUAUUCUCUUUUAGGCUGUUAUCUCCCUGGAUGCGAUGCGCACGUCGCUCCGAUGUGCGAGCAGGAUGUCGCUAUAAUACGCGCAUAGCGUUGUCUCGCUCAAGCAUCGGAGCUACGCGCGACUGCGAAUCGCAUACAAUGUGAUAACAGCCUUAGCAUGCAGUGCAUGUACUGUAUGUAUAUUUAAACAUUAUGACUGACAAUUGUGAUCUUUACAAUUUAGUGUAAAACUAUAAAGUGAGGUUCUAGAUAAAUUUACAAUAAUGUUAACAAAUAUGACAACGGAGGGUAGUGUUAGGGCAACGUGCAUGUAACUCCUCCGGAGUUGCAGGCGUACAUAGGUUACGGAGACUGCUUACCACCAGACAGGCUAUAACGCGACGGGCGGGGCUGUUUGCCACCGAUGUAGUAUUUAAAAUAAAAUGACAGAUUUUGUUAGCAUUUGACAUAUAACCUAAAAGUUUACGAUGGUUGUUUUCAUUGAAAUAUUAAUACAUAGGUCGUUAAGUUUUGUAGUAGACAAAUAUUUUAACUUUGUAUGAAAUGAAAAUGUACUUAUAAAUUAUUCGUAAAUAGUCUUUAGCCCCCGCCGGCAUUAUAAAGUUUAAAUCUAUUUUUAUGUAAGUAAAUUUAAAAAGAAAGUAACUGUUUUCCCACCAAACAUUGUCUAUGGAAAUAUAGUUUUAAAAUGUUUAUGUGAUAGGCCACUUCUUUGUUUCAUAUUUUUCUAUUGCAAAACUUAUCUAGUUACCUAUGUAAUUUACAUAUAAUUUAACUAGUAAUUGAUAUAAAUAAAAGGUUUAAGUAUAUACACUGUUGAUCAAAUUGAUUUGUUAACGUUAUUUGCAAUUUCUAUUGAACCUCACUUUAGUGAAUGUUGAAUUAGGAUUAUAUAUAUAGGUACUUAUUUUUAAACAUCAUGUUUUCUUUAUUCUUGACUUCUAAACACUGUGAUUCUCUUUCCUUUACCUAGUGUAUCCUGAAUUUAGCUAUAAUUUCGUAUCAUUUUACUUCGUGGCGCAGUAUUUUAUAUUGACUACUCUAUUACACGCAAGAUGCUUUUAACACCUUUUUAUCGCAAAAAUAUAGAAGAUGAGGUCGUUAAAUGGAAAGGGAACUGUCCUUUCUUGGUUCUUUUACUGUAUUUCUCUCCUCUUCUAUAAUUUCAAUUUUCUUUUCAGUUAAUGACACAUUUAAUUACCUCAGCUUCGUUCAUUUUUUGAGCUUUGUAAUAUUUUGCGGGUACCUACUGUUUAUUAUGUAAUGAAUUUAUGAUUUGAUGUUGACUACAUACAUGUGUGAUUUGUUUUACGAAAUAAAGUAUUUUCUUAUCAGAA